GAUUGGUUAUGGGUAGUCGCGAUGACCCCUACCCGAUUUCGUAGAUUUUUUUUAUUACGAAGCUGCGAAGUACCUAGCAGUACUUAGGUACUUCUGUAUUCAUACGCCAAUGUGGCUUCAAUUCCUUCUAUCCACCGAAAUUAAUAUCGUGUUAUCUUAUCGUUCAGCCUUAUUCGUCAACAUCCACGACACCCACCACUAAAGGCCACGACGCACAUUUCAUCACUACCAUCCUAAGUACCCUUUCCAAUGUGAUGAAAUAUCGGCGGACAACGGGCUUUUCUGCCGAUUCCCUUCACUUAACAAAAAGAGGGAUGCCUUGAGGCAUUGAACGCCGCAAAGACGCAAAGAUGCCGAUCACCGUUCAAUCUGCCCAGCUCUCGAACACCGAGACCUUAUACCUUACUGGCCUUACCUUAGCCUGCGUAGCCGUCCUCGUACGAACCUUCGAUGGUGAGGGUGAACCACUCAUCGCAUCUCUAGCUCUUAGUAGCUUGGCUUUUGCCGCUACUUAUGCUAUGAUACGAUGGCUUGGCCGUACCUUCAUGAAGGCCGGAUUAAAGGGUCGCGACAUGUCCAAGGUGAACAACAACCACUACAUUCCGGAAUGUAUGGGAGGUAUUUGCGCCGUCGUGUAUCUUCUAACUAUCAUCAUCUUCAUCCCGUUCCCGUUCUAUAAGGACAUAGUGGUCGCUACUAGUGGUGGUGGAAACCGUGAUGUCGUUAUGAACGUCGAGUUUGUGCAGCAGGGGCGACUGCUUCACAAGUUUCCCCAUAGCAAACUCGCUUCUUACCUAUCCGCGAUUAUAUCCCUUCAAUCGAUUACCCUCCUCGGCAUUGGCGAUGACCUCUUCGAUAUUCGCUGGCGACACAAGUUCUUCAUCCCAGCCUUUGCCUCCAUUCCCCUCCUCGUUAUAUACUUCAUCGACUUUGGAGUCACCUCGAUUGUACUCCCAACCUUCCUCCAGCCCUACGUCGGCCGCGAAUUGUUCGACCUGGGCAUUCUUUACUAUGGAUAUAUGUCGGCCUUUUCCAUAUUUAGUCCCAACAGUAUAAAUAUUCUGGCAGGAAUCAAUGGGAUUGAAGUUAGUCAGAGCAUCGUCAUCGCGUUACUUCUCGCAUUCAACGAUGCCCUUUACCUCCUGACGCCGUAUCCCCACCCCGCCACCGAUUCGCAUCUGUUCUCACUCUACUUCCUCCUCCCCUUUCUAGGUGUCAGCUUCGCACUGCUCAUCCACAAUUGGUAUCCCGCCCGUGCCUUUUGCGGAGAUACAUACUGUUACUUCGCCGGAAUGGUGUUCGUGGUGGUUAGUAUCCUAGGCCAUUUUUCGAAGACCCUGAUACUACUCCUGGUACCUCAGAUCUUCAAUUUCGUCUACAGCACACCUCAACUAUUCGGACUGAUCCCGUGCCCACGCCACCGACUGCCGCAUUUUAACGCGCGAACCGGAUUGCUCGAGCCCAGCGUGACGAAGUGGGAGACAGACAAGCAGCCCCGCCCCAUCAUCGGCCAGGCCUUGCGAUUGUUGGCGCAGUUCAAGCUACUACGCCUUAAGGAGGAUGAAGAAGGCCGAAUCGCAGAGACGAGCAAUUUCACGAUUCUCAAUCUCUGGUUAGUCUGGCGAGGACCGAUGCGCGAGGACCGAUUAGCCGUGGAAAUCACAGCCAUGCAAGCACUCCUUGGCCUCUUUGGCCUCUUCGUCCGACACCGACUAGCACUCCUCAUCUUUAGAGAGGAUAACUUAAAUAUUACGAGCGCGGUCUAGCAUCGAGAGCUAGACCGGAAUGGAAUUUCGGAGAUACCCAAUGUUGCUGUAUAAAAGAAAGAUAUGCAAUCAUAGCUGGCAUGGGAUGCUUUAGCUACUUCAUGUACAUAAGUGAAAUACUUCACAAUAAAACGCGAGGCCUGAUCUGUAUCAGGCCGCUGAUUUACAAACCAAAA